AUGGCGGCGAGCUGGCGGAACACAUGGACGACGCACAUUUCUACUGCUCUUCGUGGUGAGCGGGUGUUCAAGAACGAGCAGGGGCUGCACGAGCACUGCCGCCAGUCGAGCGGGCACCACUACUGCACCCCCUGCCGCCGGCUGUUCACCUCCGCAAACAACCUCAACGCGCAUAUGAACUCGGGCGCUGCACAAGCCACGCACGAUCACGCGCCCCGGCCGCGGCCGCGGGCAGUCCUUCAUCAACGGCCCGCCGCCGCCGCGCAUCUCGAGGCGGGCAGCUGCGCGCCGGGCGCGAACCGGCAGUCGCCAACCGCUACAUCCGCAGCAGGACACGCGCAACGUGAUCACCGACCCCCGGGCGCCUGA